AUGGAAGAGUAUCCAGAAGAAUUGCGCACGCCGCCGGUGGCACUGGUGUCACUGGUAGGCUGCGCGGAGCACCACGCGCUGAUCUCUUCUUAUCUCAAUGCAGAACAACCACCGAUAAACACACUAGCCUUACCUGAUUUCUCGAAAAUCGCUCUCCUCCUUUCUAAACCGAACAAAUCCGAUCCAUUAUCAGGUGAUAAUGGAGGAAUAUUGAAGAAAGAUUGGUUACUUAAACAUCGCACUAGAAUUCCUGCUGUCGUCGCCGCCUUUUUCAAUUAUGAUCAUGUUUCCGGCGAUCCUGCUCAGUGGCUUCAAGUUUGUUCUGACAUUGAAAAUCUCAAAAAUGUGAUUCGGCCGAAGAAUAUCAAAUUGACUGUUGUGGUUGUGCAAUCGUCUUCUUCUAAUGAGGAGAUAAGUGAGGAUCGAAUGAUUGCAUUACGCAAGCGUGCAGAAAUUGAUGCAAAAUAUAUCGUUGUUUUCAAUCAUAGUGAUGAUUCGCAACUAAAACAAUCAUUUUACAGGCAUGUUGCUGUAAUUUUUUUCGUUGUUUUGAUGUCCGGUGGCUUAUGUAUUUUUGUGGUCAAUGUGAAUGUUGAGUGUGGAUUUUGCAGGCUGAGGAGCACGCUUGCAGAAUUAGCGAAUGUGUAUUAUAAAGAAGAAGGGAGGAAGAUUAAAACUCGUGUUGAAAAGAAAAGUUUCAAUUCUCACGAGUUGAAUGUUCGUUAUUGCUUUAAAGUUGCUGUAUAUGCAGAGUUCCAGAGAGAUUGGGUUGAAGCUUUGAGGUUUUAUGAGGAUGCAUAUCAUAUAUUGCGGGAGAUGGUUGGGACAGCAAGGAAGUUGCCAUUGAUUCAACGCUUGGUUCAGAUAAAAACUGUCGCAGAGCAAUUGCAUUUCAAAAUAUCAACUCUGUUAUUGCAUGGUGGAAAGAUGGUAGAAGCAAUUACAUGGUUUCGCCAGCAUAAUGUUUCAUACAGGAGGCUUGUAGGACCUGCAGAUGUGUCUUUUCUUCACUGGGAAUGGAUGAGCAGACAAUUUCUGGUAUUUGCUGAAUUGCUUGAGACAAGCUCAAAAACUAUCCCUAGCAAUUCAAAUAUAACUUCAGGCACUGCAGACCAGCCUUUGACUGAGUGGGAAUUUCAACCAGCUUAUUACUAUCAGUUAGCUGCACACUACUUGAAGGAGAAGAGAACUUCUUUGGAACUUUUGCUGACAAUGUCAGAAACUGCUGAUGAACUUGAUAGUAAUGCUGAAUCUGUAGGACCUUCUAUUUAUGUGGGUCAGUUUGCUCGAUUUCUUGAGCAAGGGGAUGCUUUAACUAUGCAAUCCCUUACUGAUGAAGAGUAUACUCAUUAUGCUAUUGCAGAAGGGAAAAGAUUUCAAGAUUCCUCUGAGAUUAUUGCUUUUCUUAGAAAAGCUUAUGAAUCCUUCUCUAUUCUCAAAGCCCAGAGGAUGGCCUACUUCUGUGGUUUUCACAUGGCCAAGGAAUACUUUGGUGCGGGUGAUUUAAGUAACGCAAAACAAUUACUUGAUAGUGUUGCGCAUCUAUACAGACAAGAGGGUUGGGUCACUUUAUUGUGGGAGGUCUUGGGUUACUUGCGAGAGUGCUCGAGGAAAUGCGGUGCAGUGAAAGAGUUUGUUGAGUACUCUCUUCAAUUGGCUGCAUUGCCAGUGUCAUCUGAUUCUGGGGUCCAGUCUUUCAGGCGUAAAGAAUGUGGUCCAGUUGGUCCUGCAAGUCUUGCGCAGAGAGAAAUUAUACACAAGGAGGUUUUUGAGCUUGUUGGUGGAGAAACUGGAUUAGCGUCAGUUGAAGGUAUUAGUGAUCUCAAAGUGAAUGGAGAAAAUCCUCUGCAUCUUGAGAUUGAUCUUGUCAGUCCCCUUAGAUUGGUACUUCUUGCUUCUGUUGCUUUUCAUGAACCGAUGAUUAAGCCAGGAGUAUCCACCUCAAUUACAGUGUCGCUUCUCUCACAGUUACCUCUUACUGUUGAUAUAGAUGAAUUAGAAGUACAGUUUAAUCGAUCAGAAUGUAACUUUGUCAUCACCAAUUCUGAAAGACCGUCAGCUGCAAUAUACAGUGGCCAACAAGGUUGCCGGGUUGAAAGGGCUCCUUCUUUGGCACUUGUUACAAACAAAUGGCUACGGUUGACAUAUGCCAUCAAACCAGGUCAGCUAAUUUCUCAUAUGCAAUCUUUAAUUUUAUAUUCUCAUCACAAUUUACACAAGAGGCAUCUUCGCAAAUGA